GCAGGUAACUCAAGAAUUCUCCAUUGUCAUCGCAGUAAGAAGUAUAUAAAUCACCCGUGGAUGAUAACAGGCACCACAAAACCUCGCACAUCCUCACCUGUCACAUCGGCAGCCAAGGAGCCUGGAGGUUUAGAAUGUCGCUCACGUCCGUCCUGUCCGCUGAUGCGAUCGCUAAUGCAUUGAAGGAGUGCCAAGCACCAGACACCUUCUGUCAUAAGAAGUUCUUCCAAACAUGUGGACUGACCAAGAAGACUUCCCAGGAAGUGAAGAACGUUUUCCGCAUCCUUGACGAUGAUGGGAGCGAGUUUAUUGAGGAGGAUGAGCUCCAGUUCUUCCUGCAGCGAUUCUCGCCUAGCGCACGUGUGCUCACAGAAAGCGAGACGAAGAAGUUCAUGCUAGCCGUAGAUGAAGAUAGCGAUGGCAAGAUAGGCAUUGAUGAAUUCGAGCAUGCAGUUUUGUCCUGAAGCUUCCAACGGAGCAGAAAGAACAGCCUUCACUCCCAUCUGCCUGGGGGGGGGCGGGGGUCAAGUCCAUUUUAGUGUCAGCAGCCCCACCUACUCUUCCUCUCCCACCCGCCCAACCUUGCUGUCCCAACCUACCGAUGGCCUUGUUUUGCCCACACUGCUACCUAGUGAGGAUUUCGUGUGCUGCCCUCUACACUUUCACCACGUUUUUAUCCUGCCUCUUAGGAGAAAGGCUUUCAGAUGAGUGUGCGCUCCUAUCUCGCUCAUGUAUUAAUAAAAGAAUAAACAGAUUUUAACUCUG